CACUUAUUUGAAUGCAUACUUUUGUGCUACUACAUACAGUCGGUACUAAUAGAACCAUAAACCACUACUCUUGUUUCAAUAGUUACUAUGUUUGAGAGCAUGAACGUCACGCAAUCUGCUGGGGAGCCGACCGCCUCGAAUGUAUAUAUGUUCGUCCAGGCGCACAGCGGAGUACUGCCAAAAAUGAAGACCACUAACAUACGGGGAGAUUACAAGUGUCGAUUUCAGAAUUGUGAGCGCACCUAUACAAGUGAAGAUACGCGACGCAGACACUACCGAAGGCAUCAUCCUAUGGAGUGGCGGUCGGUGAAGAGAUCGAAAGAGAACACUAUCGCCAAAAAGCAGUCCAUGGACGGGAAGUCGCAUAUCAGCCGGUCACUGAGUCAUCCCGAGUUGGCACAGAGACUUUUGUCUUCCCAAAAGUCCAUGCCGACAUUCUCCACCAAAACAAUGUACAGCCUACAAAAUUCAAUGCCAGUUGCGGCAGGCCCUGUAAAGUAUACACUAUCAUCGCAGAACCAGUAUACGAAAUUUCAGGACAUGCAGAAAAAGAGCAGUCAGCCAACGACAGACUCAAAGCCGGUACUCUCAGGUGAGCUAUGCACCGUUCCUCCUAUUCCAGAGCCGGUUGAUACCGCAAUGUUAGCUCAGUUGGACGACUUACUAUGCCUUUCCAGUACCGCUACUGACAGUUUCAGCAGUUUCAGCAGUUUCAGCAGUUUCAGCAGUUUCAGCAGUUUCAGCGAUUUCAGCGAUGGCUCAAUAACCCCGGAUUCAGCUCCCCAGGUGAAGAUCGAGAACCUUCCCGGCAUGAAUACACGUCUACCGAAUUAUCUUGAGAGCGGAUUGUUUCCCACGCAUACACUUCCCACUCUGCCCACCCCAACCUCAACUAGUGUCGACUUCAGUGAAUUUGCGAGUCCAGAUACCCUUUUUGCGGGAUUUACCAGUUUGCCCGAAUUGAACGACGGGUUAUAUCAACAAAUCGAGUCGCUGUUGAACUUCGAAUUAUAG